AGCCAGACUUUGCCUCGCUGAAUGAUGUGAUGUUCACCUGAAACCAUGACGGACAGAUCACAGGACGGUACUGAAAGGACUCGAGAGUUUUUUUUCACCCUCGUCUUGUUUUCAGCACUUUAAUUCGACUCAACUGUAAACAAAACAAGACAGCAUGGAGACAAAUUUACGCGCGGUUACCUGCCCUGACUGUUUUUAGGACUGAAUGCAGCUUUAAUGUGAGAAUCUUCAAUCGUACAGCUCUAUUCUUUGUACAAGGAUCAUGAUGCUCUGUCCGGACCGGCCUGAGUCCGACCUGCUUUGGGAAGAAUCGGACACGGAGACCCUUCUGGACACUUUCAAUGUGCAGUGUGGGUCCAUGCCAGCUGAACCCAAGGAGGGAGAUGGCAAGGCGCACUCAGUUCAUUUGCCCAUUCUCAGCAGGGAGGAGAAGAGGCGGAGGAGGCGUGCCACAGCCAAAUAUCGAUGUGCGCACGCCACCAGGGAGAGGGUCCGCGUGGUGUCCUUCAACAGGGCCUUCUCAGAGCUGAGAAAACUGCUCCCAACUCUCCCACCAGACAAGAAGUUGUCAAAAAUUGAGAUUCUGAGACUUGCAAUUUCUUACAUCUCCUACCUCAACCAUGUGCUGGAUGUUUAGACUUUUAGAAACCAAUAGGAGCAUGGUGACUGAGGCAGGAUGAUUGUUUGUAUUCUUGACAGCUGAAUGAUUUCUCAAUGAAACACUCAAACUCACUCGCAAAAGAUUUUGUAGCAAAAUAUUUGAAGAAUACCAUUUCAUAUCUGGGGUUUAUUUUGUACAUAUCAGUAUUUAUGUUAAACAGUUGAAGGACUACAUUCAUACUGUUAUAAGAAUGUAAAGAAUGAAAACAGAUGUUUAAUAUAAUAUUUGUGUAGAAAAUAUACAAAAAUAUUGAUAUGCUUGACGUUAAAUGUGCUGCCUUGUCUUGCCUUGACAAACUUGGUUUCCUGUUUGCACACAUUUGUAAAUAUAUUUGUUUAAAUUACUCAAAAAUGUUCCAUUAACUGUUGUGAUAAUU